AUGCCUGUCCAACAGCAUGUGCUCAACUGGCUCUACAGCGUCCUGACAAGUGAAUAUCACGAUGUGAACCGCACCUACAACGACGUCGCCACCGUUCUCGCACGAUACCCAACCCUUGCUCCACGAACCGAUGUGCACACCUUCCCCAAUGGCGCCAGCGCCCUCCUGGUGCAUUUGACCGGCACGAUCCCGGUCCUCUUCCGAGGCACCACGUACAGGUUUCCAGUUUCAAUAUGGGUGCCACAUGCGUAUCCGCGAGAGGCACCGCUGGUGUAUGUGACGCCGACGGAGACAAUGAUGGUUCGUCCAGGCCAGCAUGUCGAUCCCCAGGGCCAGGUCUAUCACCCAUAUCUAGCUGGCUGGGUCGACUUUUGGGAUAAAUCAAGCUUGAACGACUUUCUUUCCGUCUUGAGCGACGUCUUCGCAAAAGAGCCGCCAGUUAUCUCGCGCCAGCAGCCCCGAGCAACAACCCAGAGCCCGCCUCCCGCCCAAGAGCCACCCCCGAUCACGCCUCAUCCUCCAGAAAGGCCUCCUGCCUCGACGUCUUCGCCUGCUCAACCGUAUCCCAACCAAGCAGAAUCUCGUCCACCACCCCCGCCCCCGAAACCUCACCAAGAAACCCCGCGUCAGGAAGCCCCUCGCCAGGAAGCUCCUCAUCAGGAUGUUCGCUCACCCCCGCCAAUUCCACCUCACCCCCAUCUCUCUUCUCCCACUCCUCCUAGCUCUGGAUAUUCCAAUGCUCAAGGGCCUGUCCCCCCUCAGUCUCCUCCUCAUGGUCACCCGCAACCUUUGCCACAGUUCCAACCGUUAGGAGCAACCCCUGGAUACAAAGGUCAAUCCAGCACACAGAGUCAACUACCGCCACAAGCACAAUGGCAGCCACCACAGCAGCAGCAGGCAUGGGACAGAUAUCCCCCUCCACAGCACCAGCAGCAACAACAACCCCCUCAGCCUCAGCCUCAACCUCCUUAUCAGAAAUCGCCACCACCUCCGAACCUUCUUGAUGACGGUUUGAGUUUGGAAAUUAAGCCACAAACGAUUGAAGCUCCCCCUAUCCCCCCGAACCCCGAAAAGGAUGCUCUUCUCAGGCAGCUCGCCCAGACACUGGCCUCUAUCCGGCAACGCAGCCGACAACAGAAUGAGUCUAGUAUGGCCGGAUUAGAGGCACAGCAGGGUGCGAUGCUGUCUGCCAUGUCCGCCAUACAAGCUGAGAUGGGCCAGCUUACACAGUUCACCAGUAUCAUCACUUCCAAUACGAACAUUCUUCAUGAUGCUCUGCGCAAAGCAGAUGCUGUUAUUGAAGGAUCGAGGAACCACGUGGUCCCAGAUAUCGAUGAGCUAUUAGUAGCCCCGACAGUAGUAUCGAACCAACUGUACAGGGUAGUGGCAGAAGAAAGAGCACUGGGCGACGCCAUAUUCAUGCUUGGUCGUGCGGUUGAGAGAGGUCGCAUUUCCCCCGCUGCGUUUGCGAAGAUGACGCGAUCUCUAGCGAGAGAAUGGUAUCUGAAGAAAGCUCUAGCACGCAAAAUUGCGCAGGGAAUGGGGCUCAUGGUAUGA